AUGGCGCUGGCGAAUGCGAAGAAAGAGGCCAAGGCUGGCGGGGUAUCUGAAAAGGACAAAAAGCCUGGCGGUCCUACUUCAACCCAACCAAUCAUCAACAAGGCAAGCUUUUCGGGGCACGUUCGGUUCUGGAUAGUAUAUCUAUUCAUUGACCUGCCCUCUGAGAAGGUCUCUACGACAUGUGGGAUCUUGGGAGACAAAGAGCCUAGCUACUGGACCACCUACAUUCAUGUCAUUGUAGGAUUCAUGGUUUCACCUGUCCUUCUCGUUGCUCGCCUCAUCCAGAUUUUUCUUUACAACACAAUCGAUUUGGGGCGACUGGCCUGGGGCCAAUACAAGCUUUUUGUUACAUCAGCAAAGCCGAAGAAGCAACAGUUGAAGCGGAAUUGGCUGACAGACACCACGAGUAUACAUCGGUCGCUCAAGGAAAAGGUUGCAGAAGUGAAAGAACGCUUAUCAGACCAGCAGAUAAGUAAGAACGAACCGAGCAGUACUGCUCAUUUCAGUUACAUACCGGUAAAUGUCAAGAGCAUUAGACUUGCACCCUCGUUCGAUGUAACCACAGUCUCUCAAAAUACUGUUCAAGAGCAUCCGGCAAGACUCGUGUGA